UGUGUAGACGCGAGGGACACGUACGGGUCCUUUCCAAACGCUACCAGCGCACGCGUGUGUAACCGCCAAUCGUAACAGUUUCAGAGUUUUCGUAUUCUUCGGGUACGCAGAGACACGCGGGACUUACCGAAGAGAGAGAGAGUUCUUUCGCCGGAGAGUUCUUCGCCACUCCGUUCUCUUCCGCACGAUCCGCUUUGGGAACCGCGGUUUAUCGUGACGCGAUAAAACGAUAGAAGAUAGAAAGAAAUCGGAGACCAAGCAACGACGACGACGGACACACACGUAUUCGUACGGUUGAUCCGGCGGCGCGCGGUUCGCAGGAUAACAGAAACCGGGACACAAGGCAACGUAACGCCGGUCGUCGAACCAACCGAGAUCGGAGGACUCGCCAUCUGUCGAUCGCGCACGCCGCAGUGUCUCGUGACCGAUCGACGUCGCGCAGUGCUUGCCGGAAUAACCGCGGUGUGGCGCUAGUGUCUCGGCCGUUUUAGUGGCGCGCGCGCGGAAACCCCGUGGAUCCCCGGAUCAUCGUAGCCGAGCGACGAAGAGGACGAAAGAGAGAGAGGAGCCGAAAGAGGAUAGGAAAAGUGCGCAUUCGAGGGAGGAACGAUUUAGCCUGCCGAAGAUCGCGUACACGCUACGAGGCACUUUCACAAGGAAAACGACCGGGAGUCCGGUGUACGCGGGCCAAGGGGCGCAUCUCUGGAUCCCAGUAGUAGUCGAGCCGCGGAGCGGUGCCAUUCGUGCCGGUUCUCUUCUUCGCGUGUUACUUACUCCUCUCGUCUCGUUUUCUCCCCCCUCCCGAACCACCAGCACCCCCACCCCGGCCCUUAGAAAAACUUCCCCUCGCUCGAAACGAAGCACAUUGACUCUCCCUCUCUCCCCCCCGCUCCUCCACGUUUGACUCUUGCUCGCACACACGACGAAAGGGUACCCUCGCUCCACCUCCGCCGGUGCUGUUACCACCACCGUAGACGCGCGUCGUCGUCGCCGAGGUUCCCCCACCAUCGUCGGACGGCCGCUACCGCCGCCGAUAUACUCCCCUCCGUUCGCCCCCACCACUUUCUCCUCCAGCGGCGCUGUGCCACCACCGCCGCCACCACCACCACCACCACCACUCUUCCGGGCCGACACUCUUGCCGAGGGAAUUAUUCCUCACGGUUCGUCGACGGCCAGUCAGUGCGCGACUCGUCGUUGUUGCGACGGUUGGCGAGGCGAGAGUGGUGUCGUACCGUGUGCCUUUUUUUUUCUCUCUCUCUCACAUUGGCCCUCAAAGCCGGCGAAGGAUAAUUAUGCUCGUGGCGGAUCGUCGCGACUCUCGUCGACGUAGUGGCUCGUGCGACGCGAAACAACGCUCCACGCGGGCGUAGUUACGAGAUACACGUAUACUUCUGAUCGAGGGGACCGCGGAUUAAACGGCGACCAAACAUCGUUGCGACGACAACAAGAGAGGAUCCGAUACAACAAUAUAUAUACAUACAUACAUAUAUUACACGGGGAGAGCGUGUGUCCGAUUGUAUCUAGGCGGCCACAGAGAGUUGUACGCGUGCAGCGAGAAAAAAAAGGGGAAAAAACCAAGCGACUCGCCGAAAGGAUCGCGCGCGCGCUCGGCACCCGGUGUGUUUCACCUAAUUAUCCUACGCACGACUGCAUUACCAUCCGAUAUACCCUGGACGAAGCUGUUCGACGACUCUCGGCGUCCCACGGAUAAAUGGAAUAAAGUGUGUCACAGGCAGUGUUCAGUGAUCUCGCGCGUGAUAUAUAUAUUUAUAUAUAUAUAUAUAAAUAUUAUAUUUGCAUUAUUCGUAUCACCUGCUCGGGCGGCGUACGUGAAAAAUUUUACGGUUAACGUACCUAGAGUGUAUAUUAUUAUUAUUAUUAUUACCAUCAUUAUUAUUAUUAUUAUUGCAGUGCGACCAUAUAGGACAGAGAAGUGACGCGAGUUCAUCUCGUUGUUUAUUUUUUUUUCUUAUUCUUCCUCGUCUGCUUCGUCGUCGUCGUUGUCGUCGUAAUUCGCGUUUUUCGUUCGGUAUUCCGAUCCCGAUUCUAUCGCGCGACGAGAAUCGCCGGGCAACGACAAGUUCUACGACACUUUGCACGCAUCGGAGAGGAUUAACAACCGCCGACUGGGGCACACACCACGUUGCGCGUCGGCUCGUCGUCGGCUGAGAGAGAGCAAGAUAUUCAGUAGAGAGAGGUUGCGACGCGAGGACGCGGCGACGGUGCGUGUUACACCUUGUGUUAAACACCUCGUAAACGGCGGUUCACGGUGGGCUAUGCAGCCUCGCGAAACCCAAGCGAGGAGGUAACGCCGACGAGCACACACACCUGGGCACCACGGUCCACACGCAUCCGCCGUCGACGAAGCACCGGCGGCGUGUAAACAUCCGACACCCAACAACCACCAAACAUGUGGACCACGAUGCUCGUGUGGACGGUCGCCGUCGUGCUAUUGCCGACACCCCGAACGGUGAACGCCUCGGGGGUGUUCGAGCUGAGGCUGAAGUCGUUCGUGAACGAGUACGGGAAGGACAGUCUGGGCAAGUGCUGCUCGGGCAGCACGUCCAAGACCGGCGAAUGCUCGGGCGUUUGCAAAACCAGGUUCAGGGUAUGCCUGAAGCAGUAUCAGGUGAAGAUCGACACGACGACGCCGUGCACGUACGGCGACGUCGUCACACCCAUCCUCGGCGAGAACAUCGUUAACCUGAGCCCCAACGUCGCCAUGCCGAGCUUCACCAACCCCAUCAGAUUCCCGUUCGAGUUCACGUGGCCGGGCACCUUCUCGCUAAUUGUGGAGGCUUAUCACGACGCAGACAACACGACACACCACUCAUCCGAGAAGGUGCUGAUAACGAGGCUGACCACGCAGAAGUGGCUGGACGUCGGGCCGAACUGGACCGAGGACGAGUACAGGAGCGCCCACUCGAAGAUGGUGUACGAGUACCGGGUGACAUGCGUCGCCUACUAUUACGGGAAGGGCUGCGAGAACCUGUGCAGGCCGAGGGACGACAAUUUCGGGCAUUACAGCUGCAGCCCGAUCGGCGAGAGGGUCUGCCUCUCUGGAUGGAAGGGCGACUACUGCAAUAGCCCCCUCUGCCUGCCCGGAUGCGACGACCAGCACGGACAGUGCAAGCGACCCGACGAAUGCAUAUGCAGCCAGGGCUGGGAGGGCACCUAUUGCGACGAGUGCAUGAGAUACCCGGGCUGCCUUCACGGUAGCUGCCAAAAGCCCUGGGAGUGCCUGUGCGACGAGGGCUGGGGCGGUCUGUUCUGCAACCAGGACCUGAACUACUGCACGAAUCACAAGCCCUGCAUGAACGGCGGCACCUGCUUCAACACCGGCCUGGGUUUGUACACCUGCUCGUGCGCGCCGGGCUUCACCGGCACCGACUGCGAGAAACCGCUUUUGGACUGUCACUCGAAGCCCUGCCUGAACGGCGGCUCCUGCAGCAUGGACUCGUCGUACAGCAACGCGAGCCUGUCGUCGGCCGGUCCGUCGAAGUCGACGAACCAGCAGCAACAGCAACAGCAGCAGCAGCAGCAGGACCAAUCUUCCUCGUCCUCGAAGCAGCAGAAUCAGCAACAGCAACAGCAUCGCACCGCGUACAAGUGCACCUGUCCGCCCGGCUGGCGCGGUCGUCACUGCGAGAUUAGCACGAGAUCCUGUCGCGAUUCGCCAUGCCAUCACGGAGCCACCUGCGAGGACGACUCUCUGCGCGGCUACGUCUGCCGGUGUCCUCCCGGCUACACCGGCAACGACUGCGAGUCCCAGCUGAACGAGUGCUCGCCGAAUCCGUGCGAGAACGGCGGCAGCUGCACCGACAUCGUGAACGGUUUCAGGUGUGCCUGCCCGGCCGGUUACACCGGCGAACGGUGCGAGACCAACAUCGACGACUGCCAGGGCGACCCUUGCCUGAACGGCGCGACCUGCGUCGAUCUCGUGAACCAGUUCCGGUGCCAGUGCGUGCCGGGAUACGUCGGCCGGAUCUGUCAGGACAAGGUCGACUACUGUCUGGCGAAACCGUGCGCGAACGGCGGCCGUUGCAUCUCCGGGACGAACGAUUACCGGUGCGACUGCAAGCCCGGCUUCACCGGCAAGGACUGCAGCGUGGACGUGGACGAGUGCCGCAGCGCGCCCUGCAAGAACGCCGGCACAUGCCGCAACCGGGUGAACGGGUUCAUCUGCGAGUGCCCGAACGGCUGGCACGGCGACACCUGCGCCGAGGAGGUAGGCAGCGUAGGGACCUCCUCCGUGUUGCCGGCGGCCGCGGCAGCGGCGGCGGCGGCGGCCGCUGCGUCGGCCGCAGCGGCGGCUUCGGCGGCGGCGGCGGCGGGGGCCUCGCCGUCGUCGAACACGGCGGUGCCGGCGGUGCCGCCGUCGGGGGCCAGCUACUGGUCCGGGAAUCUCUCGAGGCACGUGGCGUCCGCCGAGCCGAGGGACGCCGGGCUGACCACCGAGCACGUGGUCGUGAUAGCGACCCUGUCGACCGCGGUGCCGGCGUUCAUCCUCGUGGCUGCGGUCGCGGUGAUGUGCAUGAAGAGGCGGCAGAAGCGCGAGCAGGCCAAGGCCGACGAGGAGGCCAGGCUGCAGAACGAGAGGAACGCGGUGCACAGCAGCAUGAGCAAGAGGAGCGGCGGCGUGAUGGGCGGCGUCGGCGGCACCGUCGGUUCCACCGGGAGCACCGUCGGCAUAGGGAACGUCGGGCUGUUGGGUGGCGCAGGCAGCGGCAUGAUCUCCGGCGGCGUCGGCGGCGGCAGCGUCUGCACCCUGGGCACAGGGGACGCGCACAUGAUCAAGAACACAUGGACGGCGAACAAGAGCGUGAACAACGCCGCGUCCGCCAGACAGGACGACCUCGACUCGUCGUUUCAAACGGACGUCACGCUGGACAGCUCGUGCUCGGGUUACAAGCCGGAACCGGUGCUGCAGGACGGCCGAACGCGGACGACCAAGCAGCUGAACACCGAGGCCGCGGCGCACAGGGCGUCCCAUCUAUUCCAGAAGGAGAAGGACUGCCUGGGACUGGGUCUCGGGAUCGGCGUCGGCGUCGGCGUCGGUGUGAUAGAGUCCGCGAAGAGGUCGUCGGUGUUCGUCGGGAACGGAGCCACGGACAGCUGUUGCGCGGCGGAGGCGGCGUUGCUCAAGAGGCCGCCGCAGUCCAUCACCGAAGGGGGCACCGGACCGCCCGGCGGCGGCGGGGGUGGCGGCGGUCCAGCGGACUCCGGCUGCGGGGUGUACGUGAUAGACGAUCAUUACAGGCACGACUCGUCGCUGGCGGCGACGCUCGCGACGGAAGUGUAGUUCCACCGGUGCCCCAGGCCACCGACCGCAACGCGCCCUCUUUGUUGGAGCCAACGUUCAUGAACUCGUCUACUACUUGUUGUGUGUCGUCGGUUCCUUGCCGCUCGCGCGGUGCGAGGCCCGCGAAUCGUGACAAAGCUGCUGUCAGUGUGAGCGAACUCCUUGAAAUUCUGUUUCGUUUGUUCGUUUAUCGGGUCGCCAUUCUCGAGUGUCGAGUAUACACACACACACACACGGGGAAACGACGUCUGGUGGUGUGCGGUUCUCCCGACGCGCGGUUUUUUACUUACUACCCUUGUGAACGCGUGAGCGCGAUCAUCGCACGCGGCUUGUUGCAGAGUUUAAUCAAAGACCGCCCGCCCACCCCGGGAGGACCACAGGACACGGAAGAAGAGAGACCCGGGCGACGAUCCUCGCGGACGAGGGAGCAUUCUUUUUGUCCCGAUGGAAAAGACAAUUGUAUCAUUUUUUUCUAUACCCCCCAACACUUUCCGCCCCCGCCCCUGAAACCCGCGCUCUUUUCGUUUCUCUUUUCUAUAACUUUGUCCUGUCGCUAUUUUGUUUUUUUUUUUAAGUGAGGAGCUCGACGGACCGAGCACGAAGAAAGAGUAUAUAUUGUGUAUGUAUACGCGCUAUACAUAAACGAGAUGCUGUGGGGGCGGACGACGUCGCGGAUAAACCGUCGUUCGGCCCGUUCUUUAGGUGUUAAUAUUCUAUCAUGCUCGAAUUGCGAAACUUUGUACAGAACUAAUUUAUUAUUAUUGUUAUUUACUAUUAUUUACUAUUUCGCUAUUAUUAUUAUUAUUAUUAAUAUUAUUAUUAUAUUAUUAUUAUAUUAUUAUUAUUCUAAUUAUUAUUAAUAUUAUUCUAUCGUAUCCGAACGCCCCCGCGCGCG